ACAAGGGUCAGACUCAGAGGAACCAAAGCUGCUGACAAGAGAGGAGGGAAGAAACUUUGCCCCCUCAGGAGCAUUGGGAGUGGAUGAGGACCGGCUGAAUGUUCUAUAUUUUUUCCUAAAGAGUUUUUAACUUAACAGUAUGUUUGUUAUUGUGGAAUUUUGUUUUACAAGGAGUUUGACUGAGAAAGAUAUCAACAAGAAAUCUUCACAGGAGUCAGUAUAAAGAUGAAAGAAAUUACCUUUGGAUUCAAUAUACCACAGCAGGAAUGGAUGUUGGUGGAUAUCAUUUAUUUCUUUGGCUGGGGUAGUCUCGCAGAUUUACAGGACUUAUAGCUUGUGAAGGUAAAUGCAAUGGCAGCUCACAAUGAGACAGGCUGGAUGGGAGAGUUGGGUCCCAACCUCACUGCCAUGAUUCCCGGUAGGAGACACAUACCCCGUCCUUUUGUCUACACCUCUAUGACACCACAAAUAAUGGGAUGGGUCCUGAGUGUGGCCUCUCUCCUAAUCAUCUCUACAAACCUACUGGUAGCAGCUGCUCUGUUUCAGCUGAUUCGAAGGAAAAGCAGUCAGAGCUGGUGCUUCGUGCUCAACCUGGCCCUGGCAGAUAUCCUUGUGGGCCUGGCUAUCACUGGCAUUGUCGAAGACGUGUUUGAAAAUUCCAACUCCCAUAGCAAUGGAACUAUUCAAACUACUCCACUACUACAGCCAUACUCUACACAGAAGACAAAGUGUCUACUCCGCAUGGCCUUCAUAAUCUCCCCCACGACGGCGUCCAUCUUGUCCAUGUUCCUGAUCUCUCUGGACCGCUAUGUGGCCAUCAAGCUGCCACUGCGCUACUCCCAACUCACUGGGAGGUGGACCGUGACUGGGGCCCUGAUAGCACUGUGGUUACUAUCCCUCACUGUUGGCUUCCUACCAGGCAUGGUGCAGCAGCUACAGCAGGGAGAUUUCAAUGGCGGCAGCCUCUGCACCUUCUUCUCCAUCCUGCGUCCUAGGGGAAUCAUUGUGGUGUUCUGUGCCGUCUUCUUCCCUGUCCUCUGCGUCUUCACCUACUUCUACCUGGACAUCCUAAAGAUUGCCUGUGGCCACCAGAGGCAGAUCCACCAGGCGAGCCGGGCCGGCUCCAGGCUACCCCAGCGCAGCCGCUACUGGGGCCAUGUCAAGGCCCUGCAGACUGUGGCGUUGCUGGUGGGCUGUUUCACCCUCUGCUGGUGCCCCUUCUUUAUAGUGUGUGUGGUGCAGGUGCUGUGUGAGGCAUGCGAGCUGUACAAGGUGUUGGAGAAUGAUCUGUGGCUGCUGGGACUGUUGAACUCCCUUAUCAACCCUCUGGUGUACGCCUGGUGGCAGAAGGAGGUGCGGCUGCAGAUUGGGGUGCUUUUCUCCUGCAAUAUGGACAGGGCCUGGAACACAGCCAUGUUAGACGUUGGUGAGCAGUGUCAGAUGGAGCUGUGUCAACCCACUCAAACUGGUGUAUGUUUGGACGACGCCCUGAGUCAGGACCCCACCUUGUCCUCCGUCGUUUUUGAAGGAAGAUACACUUUACCACUCUCCGCCUAAACCACAAUUUGAAGAAUUUAAAAAUUUUCAGAACUCUUUAAAGUUAAAUUUACCAAUUGUGAUGAUUAUUGUGGCAACUUAGAGCAUUUUCUGUUUCUUGCUAAAACCAACUGACCUAAAAGAGAAUAGAAAAAAAUAGCAGUGAUAAUGGAUGUGGAGACAUCGCGGAACCUUCAGACUGGAACAGAUGGCUUUAUUUGCUUUGAUUCAUCCACGAAACAAAUUUAUAUUAUCUCUGCAUAAUAUGCACUUUGGCCCUUUCUGCAUUCCCAUCAACCUGUGAGGUUUAAGAGAAGGGACAUUUUUUGGUAUAAAAAAAAU